ACGGCUCCGCGCGUCUCUCGGGCCUUCGCUUUGUGCAGCCACAGUGCAGGACAAGUGCAAGACACUACAUUUCGACUUUCGAACUAGGCCACACAGAAAGAACAGACCAACAAUCGCAUACAGAAGCAUAGCAGCAGAGCUCAUACGAUGUCUGAGCCCAAGUUUCCUUGGUUCAGGAUGUCCAUCGCCUCCGUAGCGCUCAUGAGCAUUGGUUAUGUCAUCAUGAAAGCGACCACACCAACGCCAGAACAAACCUACGCCGCUAUGGCACCCGACAUACGACGGAGGGUCGACCAGAACCGGGCAGCGCGUCUAGCCAUGGAAAGUGAGACGCGGAAACAGGUGGACGCACAGCUCAGAGACCCAGACUCGCAGAAACCAGUGUGGGCAGACCGUCCGUCAUAGCCCCCACGACGCUCCGCGCCGCUCUACCCUAUCCCAAUUUCACCUCUUCGACAUGUCCCCUUCGUCCUAUUGUAUCCCUGUAUCAUACGCAAACUUGAUAAUCACGCCUCACAUGUAUUGAAUCCUAGGACGCAGACGUCCCAAGGCGCGCACACCGC